AAACAUUAGGAACCGCAGAUAGGUUUCCUGAGUGAGGCGCAGUGAGAGAAAACCAAACCCUAAGUGCUAAGAUGGCGCAGACACCACCAGCAUUAGAGCAGGUCCAGUGCUUCGGCCGUAAGAAGACGGCGGUGGCAGUCACCUACUGCAAGCGCGGCCGUGGUCUUAUCAAGAUCAACGGAUGUCCUAUUGAGCUUGUGGAGCCGGAGAUCCUCCGCUUCAAGGCUUUCGAGCCCAUCCUCCUCCUCGGCCGCCACCGUUUCGCCGGCGUUGACAUGCGCAUCCGUGUCAAGGGUGGUGGACAUACCUCCCAGAUCUACGCCAUCCGUCAGAGCAUCGCCAAGGCUCUCGUUGCCUAUUACCAGAAGUACGUCGAUGAGCAGUCCAAGAAGGAGAUCAAAGACAUCCUCGUCAGGUACGACCGCACACUCCUCGUUGCCGAUCCUCGCCGCUGCGAGCCCAAGAAGUUCGGUGGUCGCGGUGCUCGCGCCAGGUUCCAGAAAUCCUACCGUUGAUUUCAAUCCCUUUUCCCCUUUCUUUACAUUUUAUCGAAAUGUGUUGAUAGUACUCUCUGCUUUUUGUGUUUCGCAGAGUUUUUAAUCGGAUUUUGGAUACUUUUAUAUAAUGUUUUAGGGAAGUUUUAGUUUUGUCGUUAAUUUAAA